AUGCACGAUAAUCUUCAAAAAAGAUCAACCUCUAAUAAUAAUCAACAAACAACAUCUGUUGAAAGUGGAAUACCAAGUGUAGGAUCUAUUGUUUGGACUGCUGGACGUACACGUGCCCAACAAGCAAUAAAUCUUUAUGCAAAUAUUGAUUAUCUUCGUCCAUAUUUUGAUGUUGAACCAAAAGAAAUUUUACAUCGAUUACUUCAUGUUUUAAUACCUCGAUGGCCAUCACCAGAUGAAAAUAUUAAACCAGAAUUAUAUGGACCAACAAUGAUUGUUUUUACUUUAGCAGCCAUUUUAAUUUAUCAGAUGAAAUUAGCAAGUCAUUCUGUACAAGAUGGUACAUUAAUUGGAUCAAGUUUUCUUAUUUGUUUUGGUUAUUGGAUUGGUUCAAGUUUUGCAAUUUCGUCUGUUUCAUUUGUUUGUAAUACACAUCUUAGUCUAAUGCAAAUUCUUAAUAUAAAUGGUUAUGCUUUAUUCAGUCAUUGUAUCGUUCUUUGUCUUGCUACAUUUAUUCAUACGGGUCAUGAUCAUUUAUUAUUUUAUGGUCUUUGGUGUAUUGUUGGUGGCAUAGCUGCAAUGAGAAUGAUGUUUGUUAUUAUGGCACGAACAAUUAAUCCACGUUAUCGUAUACUUCUUGGACUUUUUGUUAGUGCAAUUCAUAUGCUUUUUUUACUUUAUCUUCAUUUUGCUUAUCAUGAAUUAGCUGAAAUUGUAUCUCAUGCAUUAAAUAAUGAAGCAACUGUACAAGUUGAUUUACCUGUCAAACCUGUUAUACCCAUUGCUUCUCAAGUAGUUGGGGUAGUAUCACAAUCAAACGAUCGAUUAAUGGCACGAAAUAGUUAA